ACAGCUUCCUUUGUGUGUCAAAGUCAAAUCAAAAUAUCAAAUUCUAAAACUAGACAGAACUUUGGUUAGAAUAGAAUUGAACUGAAAGUGUAUUGUCGGUCUUCUCGGAUGUUUAGAUUAUUUCCGGAUAGUAGUAAUAGUAAUUCUUCGUUGUGUAAAGUACAAGAGGCCUAAACUUGUUAAUAAACUAUAACCGCUGUCGUAAAAAAAAGUUCCUGCCGGAAAUAAAAACUCUUAAACCGUAAACAUCGACCCAUUUUUCAACCAUAGUUUAUUUUGAGGUUUACUUUAUUUUCAUCGUUGUGCUGGAUUAAUAUUCUACUUUACUUGUGCUGCCCUGAUUUAAAUCUAUUCGAUUAUAUUUAAAGAACAACUAUAUCGAAAAAACAAAACAUUCCUGUAGAUGCAAAAAUGCAAAAUAUAGCAAAAAUGAUAACGGAACAACUCCGUAAUCCAAACGAACUAGACAUAAGCUUAAGAAUGGAAUUUGGGCCAUUUGAAACGGUACAUAAAUGGAAGAGAAUGUCUGAGUGCAACGAGUUUGUUGGUGCAAGGCGAAGCAAACACACAGCUGUGGCUUACAAAGAUGCCAUUUAUGUUUUUGGUGGUGACAAUGGCAAAUCUAUGCUCAACGAUCUUAUAAGGUUUGAUAUAAAGGAAAAGUCAUGGACAAAGACAGGAUGUAUGGGCACACGUCCAGCUCCGAGAUAUCAUCAUUCAGCUGUGGUGCACAGAUCAUCAAUGUUCGUCUUUGGUGGAUACACUGGCAACAUUUUAGCAAAUUCAAAUUUAACCAAUAAAAAUGAUCUAUUUGAAUACAAGUUUCAAAAUGCUCAAUGGGUACAGUGGAAGUUUACUGGCCAAGAACCAGUACCCCGUUCAGCUCAUGGUGCUGCAGUAUAUGAUGACAAAUUGUGGAUAUUUGCUGGCUAUGAUGGGAAUGCGCGGCUAAAUGAUAUGUGGACAAUUAACUUAGUGGGUGAGAAUCAUCAAUGGGAGCGAGUAGAGCAGAAGGGUGAGUGUCCACCGACUUGCUGCAACUUCCCCGUGGCUGUCGCUCGUGGGAAGAUGUUCGUAUUCAGUGGGCAAAGCGGUGCAAAGAUCACCAACGCACUCUUCCAGUUUGACUUUGAGACGCAUACGUGGAGCCGCGUGUGCACGGAGCACCUGCUGCGCAGCGCGGGCCCGGCGCCGGCGCGCCGCUACGGGCACGUGAUGCUGCACCACGCGCGACACCUCUACGUGUUCGGCGGCGCGGCCGACAGCACGCUGCCCUCCGACCUGCACUGCUACGACCUCGACACGCAGAUGUGGUCGGUAGUCCACCCAGCUGCGGAUUCCCAGAUCCCAUCAGGCCGGCUGUUCCACGCAGGCGCGGUAGUAGGCGAUGCCAUGUACAUCUUCGGCGGCACCGUAGACAACAAUGUGCGGAGUGGAGAUUUGUAUCGUUUUCAGCUUUCAAACUACCCUCGGUGUACACUGCACGACGAUUUUGGUCGUAUCCUAAAGUCUCAGCAGUUCUGCGACGUGACGCUACUGGUUGGAGCUGAUCAAACCACAGUUUACGCACAUCAGGCCAUGCUUGCUGCUAGAUCGCAGUAUCUUAGAGCUAAAAUUAAAGAAGCAAAAGAAGAACUGGCGAAGCGUAUAGCGGCAGGUGAAGAAGAGGCUACAGCGGAAUGUUCAUACAAAUCUCGACCUCAACUCACUGUUAUACUGCCGGAAGCAACGCCUGAAGCAUUUAAUAUGGUCCUCAACUACAUUUACACUGACAGAAUUGAUCCAACCGAAAAAGACGAGGACCCCGCGUCGCCCGCCACCAUCCUGCUGGUGAUGGAGGUGCUGCGGCUGGCGCUGCGGCUCAACAUCCCGCGCCUGCGCGGCCUGUGCGCGCGCUACCUGCGCGCCAACCUGUGCUACAGCAACGUGCUGCAGGCGCUGCACGCCGCGCACCACGCCGCGCUCGCCUGCAUCAAGGAGUACUGCCUGAGGUUCGUCGUGAAAGACUACAAUUUUACGGCUAUCGUGAUGUCGUCGGAGUUUGAGCAGAUGGACCAGCGGUUAAUGGUAGAAGUGAUCCGUCGUCGACACCAACCAACGCAUAAAAUAUCCGCUAACAACGAGCAAGAGGAGGAAGUGAUUGGCACGACGCUGGAGCAAGACAUGUGCGUGUUCGCGGGCGGCGGCGGCGCGGAGCUGGCGGACGUGCGCCUGCGCGUGGCGGGCGCGCUGCGGCCGGCGCACCGCUCCAUCCUCGCCGCGCGCGCCGCCUACUUCGAGGCCAUGUUCCGCUCCUUCUCGCCGCAGGACAACGUCGUCAACAUUCAAAUAUGCGACACGGUACCAUCUGAAGAGGCGUUCGAUUCACUGCUGAGGUAUAUUUACUACGGCGAUACCAACAUGCCCACAGAAGACUCUUUGUACCUGUUCCAAGCACCUAUAUAUUAUGGUUUCACAAAUAACCGUCUCCAAGUAUUCUGCAAGCAUAAUCUGCAAAGCAAUGUUUCACCGGAAAAUGUCUUAGCAAUAUUACAAGCUGCUGACAGAAUGCGAGCUGCUGACAUCAAGGAGUAUGCUCUUAAGAUGAUAGUCCAUCAUUUCGACUUGGUGGCCCGUCAAGACGCAAUAAAGAAUCUCGCUCAACCUUUAUUAGUGGACAUUAUUUGGGCGCUUGCUGAAGAACAACGUUUCGACACACCUCUACCCCUUCAACCCCGGUCCCUCCCCUCAUCUUCGUCGGCAGACACUCUAACAGAUGACCCUGAUUACAUACGCCACAGAUCAGGCAAAUAAAAACUAUGUAGAAACUGUAUUCAACAAGAAAUCUCAACUUUUAUCAGUAAUAAACUACAUUGAUUGACAAUACUUGUGUGCAUAUUGAGGAGAACGUAUGAUGUUGACGCUCAAUACACAAAACUAUUGAAAUUAUGUGUGUCGAGUUUAGGUAGAAACAAAACUAACUCCAUCAUUAUUUGUAACUGUUUAGUAAAUGGUGCUUGAUUAAAAUCUGACUAGUAUUGAUAUGUUACUACAUUACCAAAGAUCAUAUGUCAUUUUAAUUUAUAAAGACUGUUUAUUCUGAUAAAUUCUUGUUAAGGAAUAUUGAAUAAGUAUUAUAUAUAGUGAGAAUUGUAUUAGAGAAUUAAUUUUUAACAAAUACGCUAAUAAAGCUGAAUGUGAAAUUUCCAAUCAUGUCGAUGAUUUUGAUAAAUUUAUACAUAUAUUUUUAAUUUUACUAUUAUAAUCAAAGCACUUAUGUCACAUAUUAUGUACGGUAACUCAGCGAUCUACGAAUAAACACACGCAUACAUUACGACGCCUUUCGGCCAAGUUAUUCGGAUACUGCGCUCUCCACCCCGCGUGUUUCAUGACAUUUUUGAAUUACAAUCUAACAAAUCGCCUAAUGGAAACUGACUUAAAUUGAAGUAUGUUUUUCUAUGGUUACAAAUGGUAGUAAACAUUAUACUCCAUGCCUACAAUAAGAAUUUCGGAUUUUUUUUAUAAAAUAUCUGUUAUUCCAAAAUAGUAGUUCAUUACAUGACACAACUAUAAACUUUAAGUUCUUUUGCAUUAUCUAAAACCAUUAAAUAUUAUUCCACCUUGAGUUUUUUGUAAAUUAUAUCGAAAAAAAUUACAUCGUACCGAGACAUCUGUAUUUAGUACGAAAAACAACUGAGUUACCCUAAAUAUGAGAAUAAAUAUAAUAAGAGAUUACUUUAAAGAUGACGAACUUUUAGACAUUAAAAAUUAGAAUGACACAUUUACACAAAUUAUUUUAAUUUUGCUUACCUAUAAGUAUUUCCUCGACUUUUUUUAUGUACGAUUUUUGAUCUGUAAGUAGUAUUUUGAAUGAAAAUAGUGAAAAAUAUUAUAAUUUGACAAACUUAUCAAAAGUAACUAAUUUUUUAGGUAUAUAUGAAAAACUGUUGACAAAUAAUGGAAUAUAAUUGUAAUUGUGUAAAAAAUUGCAUGAUAUACUAAAGAAUGUCUCUAGUUCUAGGUCUAGUCUAUGUAUAGAUUGGCAAUGAAACAAUUUUGUAAAUUAGUAUAAUUUAAUCAUGUUAAUAUAACUAAACAAUUAAUCAGUUA